UCAGAUUGGCCAGUACGUCGUCACGUGCUCUGGCGGACGAAGGGCUAGUGGUGCUGAUGCUGUGACAAUGGGAGUCAUCCAGAUAUGCAUCAUCUGCAGCGAGUCAACUUAGGCGGAAACUCAGACAAUUAAGGGACUGCAAAGUAACGGGGCUGAAGCCGGAUAAAAAAAACAAAACCAAAGGUGGAACGUGGAACGUGGAGAGGCGAUGGGGGUGUUCAGCCGACAGAAGUUCUUCCAGGAGCUGGCUCACGGCUGCCUGCUGCCCACCGCUCAGCAGGGCCUGGAGCAGGUAUGGCAGCUGCUGGUCAUCUGCCUGCUGUGCCGGCUGCUCUGGAUGUUGGGUCUCCCUUCCUUUGUGAAACACCUGGGCACAGUGGCCGGAGGCUUCUACACCCUCUACCUGUUCUUUGAGCUCCACAUGAUCUGGGUGGUCCUUCUCAGCCUCCUCUGCUACCUCUUCCUCUUCCUGUGCCGCCAUUCCACCAUCCGGGGCACCUUCCUCUCCAUCACUGUGCUCAUCUACCUUCUUCUGGGAGAGCUGCACAUGAUGGAUACCACCAACUGGCACAAGAUGAGAGGUUCACAGAUGGUGGUAGCCAUGAAAGCCAUCUCUCUGGCGUUCGAUUUGGACAGAGGGGUCGUGGCCAGUGUCCCCUCGCCCAUUGAGUUCAUGGGCUACAUUUACUUUGUGGGCACAGUCAUCUUCGGGCCCUGGAUCAGCUUCAACAGCUACAUGGAAGCCUUGGAAGGACGCAAGCUGAGUCUAGGAUGGUUUUUAAAAGUGUCUGUUAGCUGGGUGAAGAGCCAGUUCUGCCUUGUUAUUUCCAACUGUGUGGCACCCUACCUCUUCCCUUAUUUCAUACCUGUUUUCGGAGACAAACUGUUAAGGAGCAAGAAAAGGAGGAAGGUGAGGUGGCUGCUGGCGUACGAGAACACCAUGUCUUUCCACUUCAGCAACUAUUUUGUGGGCUACCUGAGCGAAACCACUGCCACCCUAGCCGGGGCGGGCUUCACGGAGGAGAAGGAGAACCUGAAAUGGGACAUGAGCGUCUCCAAGCCGCUCAGUAUAGAGUUUCCCCGCUCGAUGGUGGAGGUGGUGACCUCGUGGAACCUGCCCAUGUCUGGCUUUCUGCACACCUAUGUCUUUAAGAGCGCGCUCCGACUCGGGACGUUCUCUGCCGUCAUGGUGACCUACACGGCCAGCGCCCUCCUGCACGGCUUGAGUUUUCAUCUGGGUGCAGUGCUGAUAUCUCUAGGGUUCAUUACAUACAUUGAGCACGUGUUGAGAAAGAGGCUUGCGGCCGUUUUCGAUGCGUGUUUGCUGUCGAAAAAAUGUCAGCCAAACUGCAGUCACCGAAACAAAAAGACGCUGUGGGUGCACAUGAUUAAUGUAGCGUUCAGCGCUUUGGCAAUACUUCACCUGACAUAUCUGGGCUCUGUUUUCAACUCCAGCGUGGACUACAUGGAGGAGGAGGAGGACGAUAUUACCCAUCAUACCAUUCAGAAGUGGUCAGAGCUGAGCUGGACGAGCCACUGGGUCACGUUUGGGUGCUGGAUAUUAUACCGCCUCAUCCUCUAAUAACAAAAGACCAAGAAGAACAAGGCAAUAACGGGAGGUGUGAAGCAGGUUUUCCACCUUCUGCACUGUGACUUUAACCCGCAUUUGGCCACAAGAGCAGAGUCAAGCUGCACACAACAAUAAGCCACCGCGCCAUGUCCGGGUCGCUGGGCACUGCGUGAUUCCAACCCGCUGAGGACUAGUUUUAAUAUCUGUGAAAAGAAAGCCUGCGUCGCCCUUCUUUUCCCCUUAUCACAUCCUUUUUUCUUUUUUUUUUUUUAUCUGAGCCACAGUUGUCAAGCCCUCCUGUCGUGGCAGCAGUUACCGUCGUCUCACUGUGAGUCACAAUCAAUAGAUGUCAGCACAGCGGAGAUUGCCUGCUCCUUUCUGCAGACACACGAUAGAGGAAAAUGUCCUCCAGAUGAGCUAUCCCUGCAUCUUAACCGUCUUACAGUCAUAUUUCAAGGCCUGGAAGAUAAUACCGUCGACAUUCGUUGUCAUCUUAAUGCCAGCGAAUCCAAUUCUAUGGCAAAAAAAAUCUGUAAUGUCAUUGUUUGUCGCUCAUUUACGUGUCUUAUUUCCAAAGCUUGUCUGUGAGACUCUUCUCUUUUGAACAUUUUCUUAAUCUGAGAGGAUGUUUGUGGAACACUACAGCGGAAUUUGACGACCCCUUUUACUUUGUAUUUGUUAGAGUUUGCCCUCAGCAUUGUUCAGUAUGCUAUGCUUUUCUAGAAAAGACCAAGAGACCUCCUGAAACAGCCAGCUUCUUUAUGUGGCUAGAGUUUUUAUUACAUUUAUUUUUUUCCUUAUAAGGUUCCUCUUAAAAGAUAUAUGUCAUGAUUUUUUUAAACGUUUGACCUAAUUGAAUUCAACGUCUGUCAGAAAUGAGUAAAAAUUCCCACAUCUCCAUUCACAGAGCUUGUCUCUUUGGCACGUGGAAGGUAGCAGAGAAUUUUUCUUUUUUUCAAUAAGAAGAGCACAAUUUGCGGUCAGGAAGCCGCAAUUUUAUUGUCGCCAGUUAUUAUUUCCCCUUUAGUCAGUUUUAGAUGAUGAUGGAAAUUGAUCAUUUAUUUAUUGGUUGAAUUUUGUAGUGAAGUAUCCCAAUGGUGUAUGAAUUUUGUUUUGUGUUUUCUUCCUGUGAAAUAUUUUAUAUUCAAAACACUUAUGAUACUGAAAAGUAAAGUUAGAAUCAGGGUAUUUGACAAUGUAAUAAUUUGAAAAAAUGCUAAAACUUCCUCAUUCAGUUUUGUAAAACAGCUUUAAAAAUAAAUACCACAUGCUAUGUUAACAACUUCUCUCAACUAUAGAUUUUUUACGACAGCUGCUUUAAAAAAAUUAUGUGAUUAUUUGAUGAUGAGGAAAAAAUGUUGGGCUGUGAUCACAUUCUUAAAAGCAAAACAUAGAAAUAUGAUUUCCUUCAAAUAGAGUGUUGGUUUAUGUGUCCACCACGUGGUGCCAGGCCACUCAAUCAGAUUAUUGUGAAUAUUUUUCAGAUGUCUGCCCUUGAUUUUGUCCCUGUAAAUGUGAACACACAAAUACACCUGUGA